CAUUUUAUUCCAUUGUUUUCGUUAAUUUUUUCAUUUCGAUGUGAUAGCUAAUUUCGAUAAAUUUCCGAUAAAAAAUAGGCAAGACAACAAUUUUUUUGUAAUUUUCAAGGUAUCAAUAAGGCUGAAUUACUUACAAACGAGUUAAUUCGCUUUAAAAAUAUUGUAUAGCGAACUAUGUAAUCGAAGCAAGGAUGAUAGAUUACCUGACAUUUUUUUACAAUAUAUUCGAAUUAUCUGGGAAGUGAAUUACGAAUGAGAGAGCGAAUUAUGAAUGGCAGAGCUAAUACGUGCCGUGGGAACUUAGCUUAAGAGAAACCUAAAUAAUCAAACAAUCCAACAUGACUUUAUUGAAUCAAGUAGCCGGUCAAUAAUAUAAGAAUAUAUAAAUAAGCGCUGGUAGGAGUGGUUGGUGGCUGGUUUACCUCUUCUGGUGACAUAUUUCAACUUCAAAAGGCCAGUCUGUUCGUGCAUGUUAUAAAGCCAAUUGAUAAUAGUGAACAUACGAACAUGCCGACCACUGCCACAUAUUCACUUCUAAUAACCGUAUUAUUGAUUGUGUUUUCAACGAUUGAAGCUACAUUAUCACCAAGGAAAGGACGUGCUGAAAAAACCAAAACAAUUAAACCUUUAAAUGUGUUAGCUGGGCCUCACGAUGAAUCGGUUUUCGAAAGAAAUCUAAUUGAUAUGCGUCCCCUACCCCAAGAUAUUCUAGAGCACAAUGCGGCAUAUUACAAGGAUACUUCAUUACGGAAUUUCAACGGCACUGUACUUGGCUAUGUUACGGCGUGGAACUCACAUGGGUAUGAUGUGGCAAAAUGGUUUGCGCGAAAAUUCGAUAUUAUCUCCCCGGUGUGGUUUCAAAUUGUCAAAAAUGGUGAUGAAUAUGAAUUAGCUGGCACACACGACAUUGAUCAAAGUUGGAUGCGAGAAGUGCGCCGCAAGGGUAAAAACGAUCGUGGUACUACAGUAAAGAUUUUUCCACGCUUCAUAUUUGAUAAAUUUACGGAACGGGAUUUUUCUCGAUUGUUGAGUUUGGAGAGAGAGAGGGUGCGUCUAAAUGAACUGUUAGUAAAUGCUUGCAAACAAAAUGAAUUCGAUGGCGUUGUUAUAGAGUUUUGGACGCAAAUUGGAGGACGUGUGGACGAACAUUUUCUCAUUACAUUGGUGCAACAAUUACAUGAAGCACUCAAAAAGGAAAAUUUACGUUUAAUCCUUGUGAUACCGCCAUAUCGACAAGAGGUUCCAAACUUAUUCACUGAAAGGCAUUUAAAUCAACUAUAUAAACAUGUUUAUGCAUUCUCACUAAUGACUUAUGACUAUUCGAAUGUACAAAGACCAGGCGCAAACUCCCCUUUGUAUUGGGUCCGCCAGUCAGUUGAACUACUAGCUCCUGCUACAAGCCACGAUGUUAAGACGAAACGUCGCAAAAUUCUUUUGGGCCUUAAUAUGUAUGGAAAUGAUUAUACGUCUGACGGUGGUGGGCCAAUUGUAGCUGCACAAUAUUUAAAACUUUUGAAUUAUGCAAAAAAACGUGUACCUUUCGAUGAGCUGGAUGUGGAAAACUACUUUGAAGUGAAAGCCGAGGAUGGUCGACAUAUGGUGUUUUAUCCCAGCCUUUAUUCCGUGCAUGAACGCAUAAAACUCGCUCAAGAAUUGGGUACUGGCAUUUCUAUUUGGGAAUUAGGUCAAGGCUUAGAUUAUUUUUAUGAUCUCUUUUAAUGAUGUUAUUUAAAUACUUAAUAAUAUAAGCAAUUAUCGUCGUGGUAAAAUGCUGAUAUAAGGACACAAGCGUAUUUGAAAUCCGUUUGCGACUAAGAAUAUAACCAAUAAACUUUAUGGGUGUCUAUUCUCAUA